AUGAAAGUGGCGGCUCGUUGUGGCUUGAAACUGCUCCCACUUCGAACAACUACUCCGGCAGUAGCUGCGAGCAGCCGCAGCUUUGUCUACUGGCCCACGUCUCUUCGACCACCCAGGCAUGGUGAGACACUGGAGUCCUUCUUUACCCCAGCUGCGUACAAGGCUGCUGCUAUUACGUGGAACUUGAGCCAUUCGGAGAUCAUGGCCAGCAAUGCGAUGUACCCGCUUGAGUCUCUUUGGGUCCACCAGGGUAAACUCCGCUGCCGGCUUGUGGCCUACGCACAGGGUCCAUACUUGCAGGUUCGCGUGCGGCCUUCCUGCGAGGCCGGCAACGUGAUUCAGGAGUCGGAGCUGCAGGCAAUGCUGAACCUCUUUGGGCUCACAGAGAGUCCAAUCAGCACUUUGGUGACAGAGGAGACCUGGUUCCACAAGGGCCUUGCUGUGGAGCUCGAUGCGCUAGGCAGGGACGUCCGCGUCGAGCUCCGGCUGCGCAAAUUCGCGGCGGUCCUCAGGACAGACCAAGGCCACUUUGACGCCGCCGGCGGCCACGAGAGCCACAUCCUGGACCUGGUUCCUGCUGCACUCCGCACAGCACCGGCCAUCAGGCUUUCAAAUUGA